AUGGGUGCCGACGAAACCCCUACAGGCAUUGAGCCUGCCCCUCAGCCUUCCUACCACGACCACUCGCACGCGGAGCAUGGCGUCCAUCAUAGCUCGGCGAUCAAGCCGACAGAUCUCUCUGAGAACCUCGAUGCUAAGAUCAAGAACCCCUUGGCUGGUCUGUCCAAGCAUGAGCUCCUGGGGCAGGUAGAGGACUUUGUGAACGAGAAGGGCCUCUCGGAGCAUAUUGAAUACUUCAAGAAGGGCGCCUUGGUGGCACAGGACCCGGACAGCUUCGAAGAAAUCAGCGGAGAGCAGAAGCUUACCGAGGAGGAGGUCGCAGUUCUUAUCAAGGAGGUCGAACACAAGUGGAGAGUUCCCAAGGUCCUGUACCUGACUAUCAUCACUUGUUCCAUUGGCGCCGCCGUUCAGGGUUGGGACCAGGAAGGUAGCAACGGUGCUGUCCUGUCUUUCCCCCAGGCCCUUGGUCUGGACACGAGUACCAACUACGGUCUUUACCUCGAGGGACUGAUUGUUUCUGCACCAUACGUUGGAAGCGCCCUGCUUGGAUGCUGGCUGUCGGACCCCCUGAACAACGUUCUUGGCCGCCGAGGCACCAUCUUUGCUGCUGCCCAAUUCUGCUUCUGGCCCGUCCUCGGAAGUGCCUGUGCUCAGACUUGGCAACAGCUUCUCGUCUGCCGUCUUCUUUUGGGCGUGGGAAUGGGGGCCAAGGCCAGCAGUGUUCCCAUCUUUGCCGCCGAGAAUGCUCCUGCUUCGAUCCGUGGUGCUCUUGUCAUGACUUGGCAAAUGUGGACUGCCUUUGGUAUCUGCCUCGGCACCUGCGCGAACCUGAUCCUGGGCAGAGUUGGUUCUAUCGCCUGGCGUCUUCAGUUGGGCAGUGCCUUCAUCCCAGCUAUCCCUCUGAUGGUCCUCAUCUUCUUCUGCCCCGAGUCUCCUCGUUGGUACAUGAAGAAGGGCCGCUACCAGGACGCCAUGCGGUCGCUGCUGCGCCUCCGCAACCAUCCCAUACAGGCCGCGCGAGAUCUCUACUACAUUCACGCCCAGAUCGAGGUUGAGAGGGAGAUCCUACACGGCUCGACAUACGCGCAGCGCUUUAUUGAGCUGUUUACCAUCCCCCGCCUCCGCCGUGCGACGCUGGCGUCCUUUGUGGUCAUGAUUGCCCAGCAGAUGUGCGGCAUCAAUAUCAUCGCAUUUUACUCCAGUACUGUGUUUGAGGAUGCUGGCACCACGGCGUACAACGCUCUGAUUGCCUCUUUUGGCUUUGGCCUGAUCAAUUUCCUGUUUGCCUGGCCUGCUAUCUGGACUAUUGAUACCUUCGGGCGGCGAUCUCUCCUGCUCUUCACUUUCCCACAGAUGGCUUGGUCUCUCCUUGCGGCUGGUCUCUGCACCCUCAUCCCGGGCGAGGGGAACGUCCACUUGGGACUUGUUGCGCUCUUCGUCUACAUCUUUUGCGCCUUCUAUUCGCCUGGCGAGGGACCUGUGCCUUUCACCUACUCGGCCGAGGUGUUCCCCCUGUCUCACCGUGAGGUGGGUAUGGCCUGGGCUGUGUCUACGUGUCUGUUCUUCGCCGCCGUGCUCAGCAUUUCCUUCCCUGCUAUUUUGGCGUCGCUGGGCGUGAUUGGUGCCUUUUGCUUGUACGCCGGCUUCAACGUUGUUGCCUUCUUCAUGAUCUUCCUGUGGGUGCCCGAGACAAAACAGAGGACGCUCGAGGAGCUGGACUACGUGUUUGCUGUGCCCACCCGCACCUUCAUGAGGUACCAGAUCUUCACCUGGGCACCGUGGUGGUUCAGGCGGUACGUGCUCUUCAAGAAGGAUGCCGUGCUGCCUCCACUGUACCACUUUGACCGCGUAGAGAGGGUCCAAAGCGAGUCCGAGUCGGAGAAGCUGGACAACAAGGCGCAGACGGAGAUGAAGGAGAAUGCGGCGGACGCCGACCCUGUACAGAAGUCGUAGGGCGGCCCAGUGAGCUGCCCCAUGCUUUCUGAGCUGGGUUGGAAAAGAGGACGACGCAGCGCGGAUUUGUUUAUGCGCUCUCAAUGAGACGGGUGGUGGUGAUCAAACGGUUUUCUUCUUCUCGUCCUUGCUUCGAGAUUGAUACCUCAUUUCUUGACAAUUGUGUUUUUUUCUCUCUUGCAAUGUUUUCUCUGGCAUUUUCGCCUGCCCUGCGAUGCGGGCGGAAUGACUAGAGAAAUAUAUACCCCAAUCUCAAUACUCGUGCUAUCUCAUUCUGUCGGCGCAUAGUUGAGAAGUAGUGCGUCGCAGUCGUAAAUACAGUCUGUAUUGGUCU